GAUGAUGGUGAAGAAGAGGACUCAUGAUUUUGUUCAGUGAAUUCAUCUAUUGAAAUUAGAGUUUUGUAGCGAUGAUGGUAAGAAAUAAGAGAGACAUAAAUACUCUUGUGGUGAGAUUUGGGGUGGUUUUGGCACUCUCUUUUGCUGGGUUUCUUUAUUCUUGAUUUCAAAACAAGAGGAUCAGACCUUAUAUGCCUCCUCCUUCACCACAAUCUUGAGAUCAUAAAAGGGAGGCUGAUUCAGGAGAAAAAGCUUGGCAUUGCAUUGAUCCUCAUGCCUCAUGGACAGCACCUGAUUCCAGCAAUGUUGUUUCAGUUAUAUCUUAAAGAUUUGCUUGCUGCUGCUGAUGCAUUGAUCUUCCUUUUGUAUUGUUGAGCAUCAGUAUUGAUCCUUGACACACAAUCCUUGUCAUGCCAUUUGAAGAGCGUUUCUUGCUAACGGAAGGCAACCCAAUGGUGGCAGAGAGGUGUAAUGGAUUAACACCUUUGUCCGCAAUUGGAGAAGACACUAACGAGAUAUGAACCAUAUUCAUUUGGGGUGUGGACUUUGUUGAUUAAUGGAUUGACAUGGUGGUUCUGAAUGAAUUUGCUGCUGCCAGCACUAAGUAUAUAUAAGGCAUCCUUGAUGAUGAAUGUAGACUUUCUAUUUCCAGCCAUCUUUGCUAGUUUUUUCUGGGUAAUCCUUAUAAUACUCUAGUUGCUGUGACAAAGGGAUGGCUUGAGCAAAGUUUUAUUGGUGAACGUUUUAUAUACAUAUAUAUACAUUGGGGAAUUCAUACAGAAAAUAUUGUGUACUUUAAAAUAGAAAAUCCUUAGCCUUUACUAUUGCCUAUCGAGGACUUAAGUUGAAUUCAUCUGAAUCUUGUGAUUCUUCCUCGACGAUUUGUAUCCCCUCGGGUUUUUUUUUUUUUUUUUUUUGAAAUAUUGCCUAUCGAGGACUUAAGUUGAAUUCAUCUGAAUCUUGUGAUUCUUCCUCGACGAUUUGUAUCCCCUCGGGUUUUUUUUUUUUUUUUUUAUUUGAAAUAUGUUCAUAUUUUAUUUCACUUGAGGAAAAACAUCAUACAGAUAACGAGAGCUUUCUCAGAUCCUCAGCUACACAUUG